UUCUGGGCUGUUUGGGUAGAUAUUGAUUGGAGAUCGUGUCCUCACUGGACCUUCCCAGAAAGACUGUAUAAGGAACAGAGAAUUCCACCUUCAAUUGGGAAUUCUGUGGGAAGCCCAGCGGAUUUCUUUCUGCUGGUUUAUUCCUCUGAGAAGCUACCAAAGCUUGUGAUCUACCAGCUCUGAAUCCCUGCAUCAAGUGCACCUAGGAUUGCAGUUCCUUGAAAGAGGGCUUCCAGCGUCAGAGAACUGAAGGAAGAAUGCUUCGAGGCCGGUCCCUAUCGGUGACAUCCUUGGGUGGGCUGCCUCGGUGGGAAGCUGAGCUUCCUGUGGAAGAUUUACUGCUCUUUGAAGUGUCUUGGGAAGUGACCAAUAAAGUUGGCGGCAUCUAUACUGUGAUCCAGACAAAGGCCAAAACGACAGCAGAUGAAUGGGGAGAGAAUUAUUUUCUGAUUGGUCCAUAUUUUGAGCAUAAUAUGAAGACUCAGGUGGAACAGUGUGAACCUGUCAAUGACGCUGUUAGCAAAGCUGUGGACACGAUGAAUAAACACGGCUGCCAGGUGCACUUUGGAAGAUGGCUGAUAGAAGGGAGUCCUUAUGUGGUGCUCUUUGACAUAGGCUACUCAGCUUGGAACCUGGACAAGUGGAAAGGUGACCUCUGGGAAGCAUGCAAUGUCGGCAUUCCUUAUCAUGACCAAGAAGCCAAUGAUAUGCUGAUAUUUGGAUCCUUAACUGCCUGGUUCUUAAAAGAGGUGACAGAUCAUGCAGACGGGAAACACGUCAUUGCCCAAUUUCAUGAAUGGCAGGCAGGGACUGGACUGAUCCUUUCUCGAGCCCGGAAACUUCCGAUCGCUACGGUAUUUACCACCCACGCCACGCUGCUUGGGAGGUAUCUCUGUGCGGCAAACAUAGAUUUCUACAACCAUCUCGAUAAGUUUAACAUAGACAAAGAGGCUGGAGAGAGGCAGAUUUACCACCGGUACUGCAUGGAGCGCGCUUCUGUCCAUUGUGCUCAUGUGUUCACCACAGUUUCCGAAAUAACAGCAAUAGAGGCAGAACAUAUGCUGAAGAGAAAGCCUGACGUAGUUACACCAAAUGGCUUGAAUGUUAAGAAAUUUUCAGCAGUACAUGAAUUUCAAAACCUACAUGCCAUGUACAAGGCUAGAAUCCAAGAUUUUGUUCGAGGUCAUUUCUAUGGUCACCUGGACUUUGAUCUGGAAAAAACAUUGUUCCUCUUCAUUGCUGGGAGGUACGAGUUUUCAAAUAAAGGAGCUGACAUCUUCCUGGAAUCCUUAUCCAGGCUAAAUUUUCUGCUGCGGGUGCAUAAAAGUGAUGUCACCGUGGUGGUGUUUUUCAUUAUGCCUGCCAAGACAAAUAAUUUCAAUGUGGAAACCCUGAAAGGCCAGGCAGUGCGAAAACAGCUCUGGGACACUGCACAUUCUGUGAAGGAAAAGUUUGGAAAGAAACUGUAUGAUGCAUUAUUAAGAGGAGAAAUUCCUGACAUGAACAAUAUUUUGGAUCGAGACGAUUUGACAAUUAUGAAAAGAGCCAUCUUUUCAACUCAGCGGCAGUCCUUGCCCCCAGUGACCACUCACAACAUGAUUGAUGACUCCACUGAUCCCAUCCUCAGCACUAUUAGACGGAUCGGGCUUUUCAACAGCCGCACAGACAGAGUCAAGGUGAUUUUGCACCCAGAGUUUCUAUCCUCCACCAGCCCCUUGUUACCCAUGGAUUAUGAAGAGUUUGUUCGAGGUUGUCAUCUUGGGGUAUUUCCAUCAUACUAUGAACCCUGGGGUUAUACUCCAGCCGAAUGCACUGUGAUGGGUAUCCCCAGUGUGACCACCAACCUCUCCGGCUUUGGCUGUUUCAUGCAAGAGCAUGUGGCUGAUCCCACUGCGUAUGGUAUUUACAUUGUUGACAGGCGGUUCCGCUCUCCGGAUGAUUCUUGCAAUCAGCUGACUCAGUUUCUCUAUGGAUUUUGCAAACAGUCACGACGCCAGAGGAUUAUUCAGAGGAACCGAACUGAGAGGCUUUCAGACCUUCUGGAUUGGAGAUACUUAGGCAGAUAUUACCAGCAUGCCAGGCACCUGACGUUAAGCAGAGCUUUUCCAGAUAAAUUCCACAUGGAACCCACAUCACCACCAACGACGGAAGGGUUUAAAUACCCCAGGCCUUCCUCAGUGCCACCUUCCCCUUCAGGGUCUCAGGUCUCCAGUCCUCAGAGCAGUGACGCGGAGGAUGAGAAUGAAGACGAGAGAUACGAUGAGGAAGAGGAGGCCGAAAGGGAUCGGUUAAAUAUCAAGUCACCCUUUUCUCUGGGCCGUGUUCCUCGGGGGAAGAAGAAACUGCAUGGAGAAUACAAGAACUGAAUUCCACCCUUGUCGAACGGGCUAGCUUAGUGAGAACAGAGUAAGAAUGAUUAUUUAAGGAAGUGAGAAGGCGACACG